CAAACAAAACAAGAGAAAUCGCAUUGACAAUGAACUUGAAAAUGUUUAAGUUUUCUUUUCUCGUCGUUGUUAUUGUUUUGAUAGCAAACGAUGGUGCAAAUGGAGCCACAAACGGUGACGCAAAUGGAACCACAAACGGUAGCGCAAAUGGAGCUACAAACGGUGGCACCAAUGGAACGACAAACGGUAGUGCAAAUGGAGCUACAAACGGUGACGCAAAUGGAGCCACAAACGGUAGCACCAAUGGAACGACAAACGGUAGCGCAAAUGGAGCUACAAACGGUGGCGUAAAUGGAGCCACAAACGGCAGCGUAAAUGGAGCUACAAACGGUGGCGCAAAUGGAGCCACAAACGGUAGCACCAAUGGAGCUACAAACGGUGGCGCAAAUGGAGCCACAAACGGUAGCACCAAUGGAACCACAAACGGAAGCGCAAAUGGAAAUCAAACAAAUACCAGCCAAAAUGCAGGAAACAAGCUUCCUUGUGCAGCAGCCAGAGCAGCAAUCGGGCAGUAUUUACAAGACAGAGGGUUUACCAACAACAACAAUAAUAAUAAUAACAAUGGUCAAAAUGUCAUAAAAACAAUUCCGGCUGCUUUUCAAGAUGCUCUUAAUACAUACCUUAGGACAAGAGGUUACAUACAGUGAAGAAUUACUUAAUUAUCACACAACUUUUACAUAUUCAAAUAUGUAAACGAUGUCAUUUUUAACCAUAAACGAAUUAUAUGUAAAUUUUUCAUCAAAUUUUUUUUGGGUAUGAAAGUUUUGUUGAUAAUUUUGGAAUACUGUAUGAGUUUAACGUAAUGGCUUUCAAUUUAUUCAUAUUCUUGUUUUUCAAAAAUAUAAAGUUCAAUAAAAAGCUUCAUAGCACAA